UAGAGCUCCGUGUUCAUUUUUCUGAGAUCUGGAAAGGCACAGCAGGUAUCCGAGAACAAGUGCAAGAAGGCAAGAGAAAGGGGGAAGAUUGAGUCGACGACAUGGGGGCUUUCAUAAAUCUGGAGGAUUCCCCAAUGUUAAGGAAGCAGAUGUAUACAUUUGAACAAACAGCUGAUGAAUUGAAGGAUCGUUGCCAAAAGCUUCAGAAAGGGUGUAAGAAAUUUAUGUUUUCACUUGAAGAAGGAUAUGAUGGAGACCUUGCUUUUGCAGAUUCUUUGGAAGCAUUUGGUGCUGGGCAAGAUGAUCCAAUCAGUGUCUCCAUAGGAGGGCCUGUUAUGUCAAAAUUCACAACUGCAUUUAGGGAACUUGGCACGUACAAGGAACUUCUUCGCUCACAGGUUGAGCAUAUGCUAGCCGAUCGUUUAACGCAGUUCAUGAAUGCAGAUGUACAAAAUGCCAAGGAUUCUCGCCGACGUUUUGAUAAGGCUUCACUUGCUUAUGAUCAGGCACGUGAAAAAUUUAUGUCACUUAAAAAGGGGACUCGAGCAGAGGUGGUUACUGAGUUAGAAGAGGAUCUUCAUAAUUCAAAGUCAGCCUUUGAGAGAUGUCGAUUUAAUCUAGUCACUGCUCUUUCAAAUGUUGAAGGAAAGAAAAAAUAUGAGUUUUUGGAAUCUGUUAGUGCAGUAAUGGAUGCUCACAUGAGAUACUUCAAGCAGGGAUAUGAGUUAUUAAGCCAGAUGGAGCCAUUCAUUCAUGAGGUUUUAACAUAUGCUCAACAGUCAAAAGAAAUGGCUAGCAUUGAACAAGACAAACUUGCACAGAGAAUCCAAGAGUUCAGAACUCAGGUUGCGCUAUCCAACCUUAGAUCUUCCAGUAAUAUAGAGGCAUCAACCAGUGGUGACGGUAUUCAUGUUGUUGGUAUUAAUUCAUACAAAAAUAUAGAAGCAUUGAUGCAAUCUACUGCACAAGGAGAGGUUCAAACAAUAAAGCAAGGUUAUCUUCUUAAGCGGUCUUCAAAUUUAAGAGGAGACUGGAAGAGGAGAUUUUUUGUACUUGACAGCCAUGGGACUUUGUACUAUUACAGAAAUAAGUUGAAGCAAGGUUCUCAAUCACAGCAAUCAGCUGGUGUUUUGGAACAUGGCAGUGGUGUUUUUAGUCGAUUCAGAUUCUCCCACCAAAGGUCUUCAUCUCUAGGUGAUGAUCACCUUUGGUGCCGCACUGUUGAUCUACGGACUUCAACUAUAAAAAUUGAUGCAGAACAAACAGAUCUGAGAUUUUGCUUUAGAAUAAUUUCUCCAAUGAAAGCAUAUACAUUGCAGGCUGAAAAUGCUGCAGAUCGGAUGGAGUGGAUUGAGAAAAUUACAGGAGUUAUAGCCUCACUUUUGAAUUCUAAUUAUGUGAAACAGCCUUCUCCUAGAAGAGUGUACAUGGGCAGCAGUAGUUUUCAUAAUGCAAAAGAUUAUGAUUCACUUUUGCUGAAUCACAACCACAAUAUGAUCUCCAAGGACAAUGUUAUUAUCAAACAGCAUGACAGUGUACUUAGGCUUCUGAGAAGUAUUCCUGGAAAUGAUGCUUGUGCAGAAUGUGGAGCUCCUGAACCUGAUUGGGCUUCCUUGAAUCUGGGGAUUCUGAUAUGCAUUGAAUGCUCUGGUGUUCACCGGAAUCUUGGAGUUCAUAUUUCGAAGGUGUGA